CUUCUCUUCCAGGCUGCUGAAUCAGGAAUAAUAAAAGUGAAAACAAUAGCUGCACGGAACGCUGAUAUUUUGGCAGCAUUGAAAGAGAACAGCUCAGAGGUAGUUCAGCCUUUUCUCAUGGGCUGUGGAACAAAGGAACCAAAGAUCACUCAGCUGUGUCUGGCAGCCAUACAGAGGCUCAUGUCCCAUGAAGUUGUUUCAGAGGCUGCAGCGGGAAACAUUAUUAAUAUGCUUUGGCAACUGAUGGAAAAUAGUCUUGAAGAACUUAAAUUGCUUCAGACAGUUCUUGUCCUUUUAACAACCAAUACAGUUGUGCAUGAUGAAGCACUGUCCAAGGCAAUUGUACUUUGUUUUCGGUUGCACUUCACAAAAGAUAAUAUCACAAAUAACACUGCAGCAGCUACAGUACGGCAGGUAGUUACUGUUGUAUUUGAGAGAGUGGUUGCUGAAGAUGAACGAUACAAAGAUACUAUUGACCAGCCAGUUGCAGUUCAAGGAAAUAGUAACAGAAGAUCUGUCAGUACACUGAAGCCAUGUGCUAAAGAUGCAUAUAUGCUUUUUCAGGAUCUUUGUCAGUUAGUUAAUGCUGAUGCUCCCUACUGGCUCGUGGGUAUGACAGAAAUGACCCGGACAUUUGGCCUUGAACUUCUUGAGUCAGUCCUCAAUGACUUUCCACAAGUGUUUUUACAGCAUCAAGAAUUCAGUUUUCUUCUUAAAGAAAGGGUAUGCCCUCUUGUUAUAAAGCUCUUCUCCCCAAAUAUCAAAUUCAGGCAAGGUUCCAGCACGUCAUCUUCCCCAGCACCAGUGGAAAAACCAUACUUCCCCAUAUGUAUGCGUUUGCUGAGGGUGGUUUCUGUUUUGAUUAAGCAGUUUUACAGUUUGCUGGUGACAGAAUGUGAAAUCUUUCUGUCAUUGCUGGUUAAGUUUCUGGAUGCAGACAAACCACAGUGGCUAAGAGCUGUUGCAGUAGAAUCUAUUCACCGGCUUUGUGUGCAGCCUCAGCUAUUAAGGUCCUUUUGUCAAUCGUAUGAUAUGAAGCAACAUUCCACUAAAGUUUUCCGUGAUAUUGUGAAUGCACUGGGGUCCUUCAUCCAGUCGCUAUUUCUUGUACCAAGCACAGGGAAUACAUCAGCGACACCAAGCCAAACUGGAAGCAACGCAUCAGGGAAUACUGGCUCAGCACAAACUAACCCGGGAGUGCUUGGAAUGGGAGGAGGUGCAACUGUAUUACCUGCCUUUGAGUACAGAGGCACUUGGAUACCUAUCCUGAAUGUAACAGUACAAGGCAGUGCUAAAGCUACCUAG